AUGACCCAGCGCUGGCAGAGGAGGGAGAUCUCCAACUUCGAGUAUCUCAUGUUCCUCAACACCGUCGCAGGUCAGCUUCCCUUCUCCUCCCUUUCCUCCUCUCUUCUUUCUCACUCUCCUCUCUCCUCUUUUCCCUCCUCUCCCUUUCUCCCCCUCUUCUACGCUCUCUCCCCCUCAUCUUGGAUAGAUCCAUGUUGUUGUGUUGAGCAGAUCACCUCUUCUCUCCAUAACCAAAAUCUCAUCAUCUAUUAUUCUACCAUGAUGAAUGUAGUGUAUGUUGUUGUUGACUGUUAAAACAUGCCAGCCAGGACCUACAGGUAAGUUAUCUUUGUUUAAGGAGUCGGAUGCUCUGUUCAGUUCACUCCUAAGCAGUAGUACUGUUAGUACUGUAGGUAGCCUACACUUCACUGUUCAUGUGGAGGAAUAUGACUGUUAUUUGAAGCAAGAAAAUAAGGAAAAAGGAAGCAAGACCACUGCAGAUCACACAUCCUCUAGGAUAAUUAGGGGGGGGGGGGGGUGUGGGCAUAUCUUUGUCGCCUCUCUUAUCUGAACUGUGACUAACUGGAAGACGAGAGCGCCUGCCGCACCACUCCUCUCUGAGAGGUGUCACAUCCCUCGCUCCCUUGCUCGCUGCAGAUUCAUGCAUAUUUAUAUUUAUCUGUGGCGUGAGUUCGAUACAUUAUUGUCAUCUAAUUAGAUGUACGGCAGACAGAAAAACAUGGUGGAAAUUCAUUAAAAAUGUGUGGUAAUGACCUGAGCUGCCAUAAGUGUCAACGGAAGUGGGGUGGAAACAGGAGGGGGAUGGAGGGAAGAGGGGGAGGAGAGAAGUGGUGGUGGAGGAGGAGAGGAAGAGCGGGCGAGAGGUGUUAGCGUGCAGCCAGUGCUCUUCUAAUUAAACACUAUUCUACUGUUAUUAACAUUCUGACACUUCAGAGUGUGUGUUGUGUGUAUCAUCCUGACACUUCAGAACAGGCUGGAACUCUACCCACAACGCACCACACCACCACCCUUGUCUCCCCCCUACACCCUUACACCCACCUCACCACCCUCACCCCUGUCUCCUCCAUACACCCUCACAUACAGGACCCCCCUCUCCCUCCUACACCCUCACCCCUGUCUCCUCCAUACACCCUCACACACAGGACCCCCCUCUCCCUUCUACACCCUCACCCCUGUCUCCUCCAUACACCCUCACACACAGGACCCCCCUCUCCCUCCUACACCCUCACCCCAGAACAGGAACAGGCUAAAGCAGAGGUAAAUCUACUCACACCGUUAUCUCCCCAAGCUAAUGCCUAGGCUUAAGCUCAGUGGGCUAAUUCAGUCUUGUGACAUGCAGGACACUUGGGUACGAACCCAGUCUGUCACAGUAGCUCUGGGAAUUAGCUGUGUACAUCACCCCGGGGCAUGCGUGUGAUUUUAGAUCUGUAGCAUCCGUAACACCCUGCCCUUACCCUAACCCACUACAAUAUUGUAUCAUAAUUUUCUACAUUUACAUUUUGGUCAUUUAGCAGACUCUCUUAUCCAAAGUGACUUACAAUCGCCUUAACCACUCUAACCCUAACCCAGCAUCAUAAUGUACAAUUCACAACGCCCAGAUCUAACCCUAAUGAUUGUCUAUACAUCACAGCAGCAGCAGAACCACCCUUCCAUUAAACUACAUUAAACACUCAGCAACCAUCUUAUUUGCUGUGGGAACUUCUGUGUACUAAUCCAGUACGCUAUCAUUUGCAUUUUUAAUAUCCCUAUUUGGGUAUAACAUGUUUCUGUCAGAGGAAGUAAGAGUAGCCCCCAGGGACACACAGAGCUGAGAGUUUGGGGACAGAGCAGAACAUUGCAGAGUAGAGCAGGGAAGCUAGAAGAUUGAGAGGCUACAGGAGGCUGGUAGGUUGGGGACAGAGCAGAGCAGAACAUUGCAGAGUAGAGCUGGGAGGUUGGGAGGCUAGGGGGCUGGGAGGCUAGGGGGUUGGGAGGCUAGGGGGUUGGGAGGUUGGGAGGCUAGGAGGAUGGGAGGCUAGGGGGCUGGGCGGAAUGGGAGGCUAGGGGGCUGGGAGGUUGCAAGGCAAGGGGCCUGGGAGGAUGGGAGGGUGAUGGGAGGCUAGGGGGUUGGAAGGUUGAGAGGCUGGGGGGCUGGGAGGAUAGGGGGCUGGGAGGUUGGGAGGCUAGGUGGGGCUAGGGGACUGGGAGGAUGGGAGGCUAGGGGACUGGGAGGAUGGGAGGCUGGGAGGUUUGGGGCUUGGACGUGUUUCAGGAAGCAGAGUGCUGCUGUGUGACUGAUGGCUCUGUAAAGAUGAAAUAUCUGUAGCGUUUCUCUUUGUUGUAGCCUCAGGUCAAGCCUCGACUUUCACUGAGGUAUGCAAGUGUUUGUGUGUGUGUGUGUGUGUUUUGUGUGUGUGUGUGACACAUUAGUGUUGUUAGAAGUGAAGUAUUGCUGUUUAAACUCUAAACCGUCAGUUUGGAGUGCAGCAUGGAAACUUCACCGUCUACAAACCAAACAAAACUCACUUCAAACCAAACACCUCUCACACUGCUGCACAUCAUCUCACACCAAACUAAGGAAAAUUGUUUUUAAUGACUAUCUUCCAGUAUCUUGGAUUUCAUUCAAAUGGGUGAUUUAAUGUAUAAUUUUAUUUAAAUAGGUUUAGUUUAUUAAAACGAUUUGUGUCAGUGCUGAUAGUGGUCUCCUGUCCUGUUUGACUGGCUGUUGUGGGUUUGCUGCUAGUUUCUAAUACUUCUCUAUAAUAAGUUGUUGAUAUCACACCAUCACACCCAUAGCUCUGUUCUCUGAUUGGACCGGCUCAUAAUAGUGCAUUCUGAUUGGACCAGCCCAUAGCAGUGUCUUCUGAUUGGACCAGCCCAUAACAGUGCUUACUGAUUGGACCAGCCCAUAGCAGUGUCUUCUGAUUGGACCAGCCCAUAACAGUGCCUUCUGAUUGGACCAGUCCGUAGCAGUGUGAAAUUAGAGAGGACUUGUGGCGACAUGGAAUGUUGAGGAGCUCCUCAUGGUUCUCAUGGCUGAGUUAAAGUUCCAUCUGAAAACCAUCAUCACACUGAAGAGGAAAACUAAGCUCUCACAUCUGGCAACCCUCCAUACAGUUGCAUGUGGGCACCGCCAUGACUGAGGUAUCCAUGGUAACCACCACGGGCUGUCCAAUCAGGAGGCUAGCCUGGCAGUGUCACAUGAGGCGUGCUCAACGACAACACGGUGACCAGGAGAACAGUUUAAUAUCUUUGUAAUUACAUAUACACCUCAGACUACAUAUAGACAAUACACACACUACAUAUACACACUACAAACACUAUAUAUAGACACUACAUAUACACACUACAUAUAGACACUACACACAUUAUAUAUUGACACUACACACACUACAUAUAGACAAACACACACUAAAUAUACACACUACACACACACACUUCAUAUACACCACAUCAGGAGACCCUUUCGCUUCUAACCAUGGGCGUAUUCAUUACGGACACCGUUUACCGUUUAAGAACCAAACGGAAGCAAACAGAGCAAAACUAGAGUUUCUUUUGGACAAAUUCAGGUAGGUCCCUCCCCGUUUCAUUCGGUUUGCUUCCAUAUACGAAACGUUUAACCUCAACCCCAGACUGGCCUAAUAUACUCAUCAGGACCAGGCAGAGAAAGGAAGAACACACACACUCAAUCAAUCAAUUCCAUUUAUUUAUAAAGUCCUUUUUACAUCAGUAGAUUCACAAAGUGCUUAUACAGAAACCCAGACUAAAACCCCAAAGAGCACGGUGGGAUGAAAAAACUCCCUAGAAAGACAGGAACCAAGGAAGAAACCUAGAGAGGAUCUGAGGGGUGGCGAGUCCUCUUCUGGCUGUGCCGGUGGAGGGGUGGCCCUUAAGGCUAGAUUGUUCUUCAAGAUGUUCAAGUGUUCAUAGAUGACCAGCAGGGUCAAAUAAUAAUUACAGUGCUUAUAGCGGGUGCAACAGGUCAGCACCUCAGGAGUAAAUGUCAGUUGGCUUUUCAUAGCCGAGUAUUCAGAGUUCGAGACAGCAGGUGUGGUAGAGCGAGUGAGAGAGUGAGAUGCAUAGAGGGGGUCGAAACAGCAGGUCUGGGAUAAGGUAGCAGGUCCGGUGAACAGGUCAGGGUUCCAUAGCUGCAGGCAGAACAUUCAGAAACUAAAAUCAGCAGCACGAUCAGGUGGACUGGGGAACGGGACACUGUGUGCCCCGUCCGACGAAACCCCCGGACAGGGCCAACCAGGCAGGAUAUAACCCUACCCACUUUGCCAAAGCACAGCCCCCACACCACCAGAGGGAUAUCAACAAACCACCAACUUACUACCCUGAGACAAUGGCAUGUAUUCAUGGGUGCCAAGGGAAGCCAGGCUUCCCCAAGACAUUGACCAAUAAAUAGCAUUGAAUGCAAGGGAAGCCAGCGAGCAUUUGGCCUCCCUUCAUAAAAAUUAUACAAUAAUAGCCAAUCAGCGUUGAGCUAAACUGAGUGAGCUCAACUGUGAAUGGUCCUGGCGCACCCAAAAAAAGUGUCAAGGGAAGCCAGUUUGGAUUUGGCUUCACACCAAUCACUUCACAUCAAGCCAAACAUCAUUGACCGAAAAAAACUUGAAUUGUUGCUUCUCGUUGUGUUGUGCCUCUGGCCUGAGAGGAUGGAAGUUCAAUAUAUAGCUAGAUGUAGUAGGCUAAUGUUAACUAGCUGGCUAAUCGUUGCCCAUGAAAGGAAGUUAGGCUAGCGAGCAAGAACUUUAGCCAGGUAGCCUAGGACAACAAAAACUAAAAGCGUGUACUGUAUGGCAGAGUCAUAGACUGUUUCGGCAACAUGAAAGAGAGGAGGAUGGCAUUGGCGUUUUUUUACAGCCACAUGAUAUUUCGCUUACGUUGAUUGGACUAAAUCGUUUUUUGGAAUCUUUUAGUUGUCACUGUAUUAGACUAAGCAUAGGUGAUUUGAUGAUGUUGAAAUGUUGAAGUUGAAAUGGUGCUGGAAUAGUGGAGGCAGCUCCCGUUUUCUUUGCAACUUGCGGUAACUCUCCGGUAUUCUAAAUCAAUAGUUGUUUAGUAGUCCUAAAAUUUCAGAAACAUUAACUUGAUUGACCGUGCUGUAGGUCAUGUAACUGUUUGUUAUAUGCAAUAUGCUUUGUGGACUCCACCAGACAGAUGUUUCUCUCUGGUUUUGUGAUGAAACAAAGGUGUGGUUGAAUUUAUUCUGCCACUGUGUCUUCUUAUUGUCUCGGCCUAUAUACAGUGAGGGAAAAAAGUAUGUCAAAAAUGUUAUAAAUGUAUUUGCAUUUUAAUGAGGGAAAUAAGUAUUUGACCCCUCUGCAAAACAUGACUUAGUACUUGGUGGCAAAACCCUUGUUGGCAAUCACAGAGGUCAGACGUUUCUUGUAGUUGGCCAACAGGUUUGCACACAUCUCAGGAGGGAUUUUGUCCCACUCCUCUUUGCAGAUCUUCUCCAAGUCAUUAAGGUUUCGAGCCUGACGUUUGGCAACUCGAACCUUCAGCUCCCUCCACAGAUUUUCUAUGGGAUUAAGGUCUGGAGACUUGCUAGGCCACUCCAGGACCUUAAUGUGCUUCUUCUUGAGCCACUCCUUUGUUGACUUGGCCGUGUGUUUUGGGUCAUUGUCAUGCUGGAAUACCCAUCCACGAACCAUUUUCAAUGCCCUGGCUGAGGGAAGGAGGUUCUCACCCAAGAUUUGACGGUACAUGGCGCCGUCCAUCGUCCCUUUGAUGCGGUGAAGUUGUCCUGUCCCCUUAGCAAAAAAACACCCCCAAAGCAUGUUUCCACCUCCAUGUUUGACAGUGGGGAUGAUGUUCUUGGGGUCAUAGGCAGCAUUCCUCCUCCUCCAAACAUGGCGGGUUGAGUUGAUGCCAAAGAGCUCGAUUUUGGUCUCAUCUGACCACAACACUUUCACCCAGUUCUCUCUGAAUCAUUCAGAUGUUCAUUGGCAAACUUCGGACGGGCCUGUAUAUGUGCUUUCUUGAGCAGGGGGACCUUGCGGGCGCUGCAGGAUUUCAGUCCUUCAUUGCGAAGAGUGUUACCAAUUGUUUUCUUGGUGACUAUGGUCCCAGCUGCCUUGAGAUCAUUGACAAGAUCCUCCCGUGUAGUUCUGGGCUGAUACCUCACCGUUCUCAUGAUCAUUGCAACUCCACGAGGUGAGAUCUUGCAUGGAGCCCCAGGCAGAGGGAGAUUGACAGUUAUUUUGUGUUUCUUCCAUUUGCGAAUAAUCGCACCUACUGUUGUCACCUUCUCACCAAGCUGCUUGGCGAUGGUCUUGUAGCCCAUUCCAGCCUUGUGUAGGUCUACAAUCUUGUCCCUGUCAUCCUUGGAGAGCUCUUUGGUCUUGGCCAUGGUGGAGAGUUUGGAAUCUGAUUGAUUGAUUGCUUCUGUGGACAGGUGUCUUUUAUACAGGUAACAAGCUGAGAUUAGGAGCACUCCCUUUAAGAGUGUGCUCCUAAUCUCAGCUCGUUAACUGUAUAAAUGACACCUGGGAGCCAGAAAUCUUUCUGAUUGAGAGGGGGUCAAACACUUAUUUCCCUCAUUAAAAUGCAAAUCAAUUUAUAACAUUUUUGACAUGAUUUUUUGGUUGUUAUUCUGUCUCUCACUGUUCAAAUAAACCUACCAUUAAAAUUAUAGACUGAUCAUUUCUUUGUCAGUGGGCAAACGUACAAAAUCAGCAGGGGAUCAAAUACUUUUUUUCCCUCACUGUAUCAUGGUCGCAAGGCAUAUGAACUACCAGGUUAUAGAGCAAACAACACAAUUAUUACAACACAUAGGUUGUAAUAUGGCUUUUUUUUCCUGGCUUGGCUUCCCCAGUGAAUUUACCCAUGCACCGCUACUGCCCUGAGACAAGGCGGAGCAUAGACCACGAUGAUCUCCCCCAGCACACGAGCCCGAGGGGGUGCAAGACCGGACAGGAAGAAAACGUCAGUAACUCAACCCACUCAAGACGAGUAUAGCCAAAAAAGCCUGGCAUGACGUGAUGCACCCCUCCUAGGGACAGCAUGGGAGAGCACUAGCAAGCCAGUGACUCAGCCCCGUAAUAGGGUCAGAGGCACAAACACACACACCAAGGCCUCCCUACAUAGAGCAGAGUGAGGACUAUAUUAGCGGCAGUGUCGCCCUCCCAGACAGGAAGUUAGUCUGUCAGAAACAGGAAGCUGACCUGAGAGGAGUCUGAUGAAAUGCUCUGCUGGAAUGUUGCAUGCUGGGUCACCAAAGUAACCUAAGCCUUGUGUGUACCCCGCAGUUCUCCCCUGUACCCCGCAGUUCUCCCCCCUCACACAUCCUCCCCCGCCCCACCUCAUCCCCUCCGCUUUUCUCUCACAUAACUUCUCUAACAGAUCUCUGUCUGUCUGUCUGUAGGGAGGACCUACAACGAUCUGAACCAGUACCCCGUGUUUCCCUGGGUUCUCACCAACUAUGAGUCCGAGGAGCUGGACCUCACCCUGCCGGGCAACUUCAGAGAUCUCUCCAAGGUACUGACAUUCUGUUAUACAACCUGUAGGACUGGGGGAAAGGGGGCAGGAGGGGGAAGGAAGGGGGAAGGAGAGGAAAGGAGGGGACAUGGGGGAGGAGGAGUGGUGAGGGUCUCAGUCAGCAGGGGAAUUUCCUUAUUAAGUCCCAUGCAGGCUGGAAGAGAAAACCAUCUUGACUGAGAAAUAAUGCAGACAUCAUAAUGCAGACAUCAUGUGCUCAGUCUGAACCCAGCGCUGGAAUGUAGAGAAGGAGCUGAUAGUUUAACAUCAUAGCAGAUCCUAACACUGGAAUACCACAUAUUCUGAGUCCCAAAUGGCACCCUAUUCACUAUAUAAUGCACUACUUUUGACCAGGCCCAAUAGGGCUCUGGUCAAAAGUAGUGCAUUAAAUAGGGAAUAGGGUGCCAUUUGGGAGGCAAACAUGACAUCCUAACAGAUCCCAACACUGGAAUAGAAGCUUUAAGUGUCUCUGCUAUGUUUGGUACUGUAUCGCCUCAGCACAUAAACUGAAUGUUCUAGUGUCUCUGCUCUGUUUGACAUGGUACUGUCCUCGACCAUCAACUGUAGGAUAGUUUUUAGUGUCUGUAUGAUGAGGGCUUCUGGCCCUGUUUAACUUCCUAGCAGCUCUCUCUCUCUUUAUCGCUCUCUUUCUCUCUCUCUCUCUCUCUCUCUCUACAACUCACAGGCUCACUGACCUGAAAACAAUCGCAUUCCUGUCUGAGCUUUCCUUCUCUCUCACUCUAUCGCUCCCUCCUUACCCCGUUCCCUCUCCCCCUCAAAGUGCCGACUCCCUGACUCUAUCUGAGCUCCGUUUUCACAAACGUUUUUGAUCAAUUCUCACCUCAGAUCCCAGACAAAUGUUUGCUAGGGAGGGAGGGAGGGAGGGUAUGAGGGAAAAGAAGGGAGGCAGGGAGGGAAGGAGGGAAACGCAGGAAGGGGGGAAGGAAUGUAUGGAAAUGAGAGAGGUUGCUGAACUCUCAAUGAAAAUUUGAAUUAGAAAUACCCACAACUAAAGCACCCUGGUAGGCAUGUGUACUGAUAACGUCAGUGAAUACCCUUCCCUCCUAACAGUAGUCUGUAAGGUUAAUCUCUGCACUUGGUUUAUACCAGUUUCACCCAGCCAGUCAAUAAAGUCACUGUGUGAAAAUUUCUACUCAGCCCUGUUGUAACUGAAAAAGACAACAUUUGGUUUGAGUUGUUCAGGUAAGUAGUAUAGUGGGUGAUCCAGUAUAAUCCAGUGUUCACUCUGGCAGAAGGUCUACAGUAAGACACACACACACACACACACACACACACACACACACACACACACACACACACACACACACACACACACACACACACACACACACACACACAGCUUUCCUGUGUCUUCCUGCUGUUGUUUCUGCUCUUGUCACCCUGUGGCGGCUUCAGUCUGUACACAACCAGGUGGGCCGUGUGUGUUUGUCUGAGAGAGCCCGAGCCCUCUGGCAUGGGGUAGACAGUUAUGUAUUGUAAUGUAUUCCAGUGACAUCCUCCCAUGCUGUUUACAGGCUGAGCUGCCUUCAUUACCAUGAGUUCACAGGCCUCUGUCUCCUGACAGUUGUCCUUGGAACCCCAGGGCUCACACACGCACACACACACACGCACGCACGCACGCAUACACACGCACAGACACCUCCAACUCCAGGGCUUCUACCUCCAGAGGUACCAGCUAGUAAAGAAUUGGAAUGAAGGGGCUUGAGUUCUCCAAUAUAUAAACAGAUUAGACAAAGAGCAGGCGUGAGAGGAAAUAGGGAGGAACUCAGAGAGAGACUGUAAGUCUUCUGAACAGAGUCAUGUAAAACCACCUUACUCUGAAACACAAACAUCUUGUGCUUCCCAAGUGGCACCCUAUUUCCUAUAUAGUGCUCUACUUUUGACCGGGCCCUAUAGGGUGCUGGUCAAAAGUAGUACACUAUGUAGGGAAUACGGUUCCAUUUGGGAAGCUGCCAUCCAGCGAUAUUUUGUCCUCUGACUGAGCUGCUCACGCCAUGGGGUCAGUUGACUACCAAUCAGGAAGUGGGUGCCAGUACCAGCAGGCUAAAUGUCCUAUAGCUCCUGGAUAAUACACCACUUAAUCCUCUCACACACCUACUUUAAUGCGCUACACACACCUACACACACCUGCAAUUUACCUGCUGAUCAGCCAGCCAGUCAUCCGUGUUAAAUCCAACUGAACAGGGUGUUCUCUGCCUCAGGGCCACAGUGGAGCAUUCUUACUGUCAGAUCACAGGCCUGUGGAGCACACACACAACCACACACACACACCCUCCAUGUGAGCGGUACAGUGGUGUGGUGGAGCAGUUCAUUAGGUUUUAAUGAUUAUUUCCUGCUGACUGACAGGUGGCUGAUGGGAAAGGGAAGCUCAUCUCCUCAUAGCUGUUAGUUGAUGGAGUGGAAACGCAUAUAACCCUAUAUGAAGACAUACUGAGUGUGCUCUGCUUAACAAUCUAGAUGUUUAUCACGGCUCUUGUUCUACCUGCUUUUGUGUGUCUCUGAUAGGAAGUGAUGUGAUGUGACUCUGUCAAAACUUCUCUCAGGGAGAAACAGCCAAAGCUGUGAAGUGACAGCAGACAUAUGUACCUGAUGUACUUUACCUCAUAGCUACUGUUAUGAAACGGAGAGGGAGUGGGAGCUUGUCCAUGGUGGUCUUCGAACCCGCAACCUUAUGAACCAGAGCCCUUCACGUUUUCGAUGGCUAGCACCCUUGGAAAAGUCUAUAUAUUUACAUUUUAGUCAUUUAGCAGAUGCUCUUAUCUAGAGCGAAAAUGCAUCAAUUUUCUUACUUUUUCGUACUGGUGCCCCGUGGGAAUCGAACCUACAACUCAGGCGUUGCAAGUGCCAUGCUCUACCAACUGAGCCACACAGGACCAUAAUGUGCACAUAUAUGUGCUUAUGAAUUCAGGGUCGCUACACUAUUAUGCUGUGUUUACCAUUGUGACGUUACAUUAAUUCGCUUCUCUGCUUAGUUGCUAGUAGCAAAUCCUAUUCAUGUUUUUAAAAGAGUUAACAAAAGUUGCUGCUGAAAAGUUUAUUGUUUAUGUUGUAGUGAAAGUUAGCAAUGUAGCUAGCUAGCUGCGCAGCCACACUCUCAUAGACAACUCUGGAAAUGUAGUGGUGCUAAUUGUGUAUAUCACCCUUUACUGUAUCAAUGUUUUAUAGACUGCAACCGAACUUCAGAAAACCUAUACCAUGAGAGAAACCACCCAAACAAAGAACUCUGAAGAACUAGAUUGUAGCUGUUCAAGGUGAUUCUUCUGACAAGCCCAGAGAGAAAACGUGUGUCUCCUCGGGAGGUAGCCUAGAUAUUACCACACAAACCACAACACUUUCUCUUUCUCUGUGUUCCACACACUCGCAUGCACACACACACACAUACACACACGCUCCUCUUGGAUCCUCCACUUUGGGGUCUCUGCUCUCUGCAGUCAGAGAAUGAUCCUAAUUACAUGUGAUGAGUGGUUUAUCUAGUGUAGCAUGUGACAGCCCUAUAAUCCAGCAGCUAGGUUUGAUCAUGUCUUGUUUGGUGGUGCAGGUAGAUAUCACUAGGUCAGGUAUUAUUCAUGGGAGUGAACUCAGAAGGAGGUAAAUGCAGAGCUGUCUAAAGCACUUGUUUUUAUUGUCUCCUUAUCAUGUCCUGUAUUUACAUAACCACCUGAGAAAAGGGAGCUGAUGAUUACUGUGUGUUAGAGGAAUGGUAGAGAAAAAAGUUUGUUGUCAGUACUCUACCCCACUAACCAGCCACGGAAUGGAGUCCCAUAUGGCACCCAAUUCCCUAUGUAGUGCACAACUUUUGACCAGGACCCUAUAUCCCUAUCUCCCACCCAGUAUCUAUUAGCAUCCAACAUUAGCAACAUGGUUCCAUCAAUUAAGCUUAAGUAACUUAGUUGCUAGUAGAAUCAACACACCUAACAUGCCUGGUUGCUUUAAAGUGUGUUUAUGUCAAGAAAUCAAUGAAAUACCACGUUGUGGCAAAGUUAGCUAGGUAGCUAGCUGUCACACAUCAACAACAGAGAAGGUCAGAGUAUAACCAGAAAUGGAUGUUGUUUUGUUUGAGUGAACUAGCCAAACGUUUUUUACCCAAAUGGCACCCUAUAGACCAUGGUCAAAAGUAGUAUACUAUAAAGGGAAUAGGGUGCCAGGUUGCUGGUGCUGCAUGCAUAUGAAAGGCUUAGCGCUUUAGAAUGACCUUAUGGCCACUUAAGACCCAACAUUAUCUACCAUGUUAACAGCUUUUUAAUGUCUUACUAAUGAGCUAGUUUAGCAGGCUAAAGCCCCCAUAUAUUUUUAUAGGUUACGAGCUGUCUGUGAGGGUGACAGAAGAAGCCUGUAAGAUGUAAUAGACAAGACACACUAUAACCAACAUCAGCCGUGCGCAGUAAAUCACCUUCUGUGUGUCAACGAAUGGUGGCGAUUCAACAUGUAGAAUAGUCUGGAAAUGAACAGAAAAUGACGGCCGAUGUUCUGUGGCGAUAUGACGUCCACCUGCUGCUUUUAACCAUUUGUCAGCGCUGUUUUAUCCUUAAGAUACGACAUCCAUCUUGCUGCUGGGUUUAGUGGAAAUAUUCAUAUUGACAGUCUCUUUGUGUUUGGGGUUCUUAGCUAGCUAUCAGGCCACGUUAGCUGUGAGACCACGUUAGCUAUGAAACCAUGUUACCUGUGAGACCAUGUUAGCUAUGAGACCAUGUUAGCUAUGAGACCACGUUAGCAGUGAGACCAUGUUAGCUGUGAGACCAUGUUAGCUGUGAGACCACGUUAGCUGUGAGACCACGUUAGAUAUGAGACCAUGUUAGCUGUGAGACCAUGUUAGCUAUGAGAACAUGUUAGCUGUGAGACAAUGUUAGCUAUGAGACCAUGUUAGCUUUGAGAACAUGUUAGCUGUGAGACCAUGUUAAUUGGUUGUCAGACCCGGGUUGAAAUCCAGUCUGUCCUAUUAGCUGUCUGUGCUGUCCAGCUGCAGCUAUGAUUGGGCUAAGCUGACUGAGACCAGACUGGUUCCUCCUGGACUUUUAACAGCCUGUCUGACUUCCUGUAGCCCACAGCCCAAUCACAGCCGGCCCCAGACGUCACAUGACAGCCUAUUAUCACCCCGUAAAUCUCAGCCGAUCUCCAUAAACUUCUCUUUCAUUCUCCCUCAUCGUGCUAGCAUCGAUGUUGACGGUCAUUAUGUUGGAGAGGAAAGAAAGGAACGUAGAAGGAAACCAGACAUGACCAGUUGGUUUGGAGUGAGAGAGUUGAGCGGUAGUCAAACAUUCCUAAUAAUGCCAUAUGUUCUUUGCCACAUAGAGGGAGGUAUGGGCUGUGGGAACAUAAUGAAGAUGACGAAACAGUCUACGCUGCAUCUCAUAUGGAACCCUAUUCACUAUACAUGUAAUCCAGGGCCCUCUAGUGCACUAUACAGUGGGGGAAAAAAGUAUUUAGUCAGCCACCAAUUGUGCAAGUUCUCCCACUUAAAAAGAUGAGAGAGGCCUGUAAUUUUCAUCAUAGGUACACGUCAACUAUGACAGACAAAAUGAAGAAAAACAUUCCAGAAAAUCAUAUUGUAGGAUUUUUUAUGAAUUUAUUUGCAAAUUAUGGUGGAAAAUAAGUAUUUGGUCAAUAACAAAAGUUUCUCAAUACUUUGUUAUAUACCCUUUGUUGGCAAUGACACAGGUCAAACGUUUUCUGUAAGUCUUCACAAGGUUUUCACACACUGUUGCUGGUAUUUUGGCCCAUUCCUCCAUGCAGAUCUCCUCUAGAGCAGUGAUGUUUUGGGGCUGUCGCUGGGCAACACAGACUUUCAACUCCCUCCAAAGAUUUUCUAUGGGGUUGAGAUCUGGAGACUGGCUAGGCCACUCCAGGACCUUGAAAUGCUUCUUACGAAGCCACUCCUUCGUUGCCCGGGCGGUGUGUUUGGGAUCAUUGUCAUGCUGAAAGACCCAGCAACGUUUCAUCUUCAAUGCCCUUGCUGAUGGAAGGAGGUUUUCACUCAAAAUCUCACGAUACAUGGCCCCAUUCAUUCUUUCCUUUACACGGAUCAGUCGUCCUGGUCCCUUUGCAGAAAAACAGCCCCAAAGCAUGAUGUUUCCACCCCCAUGCUUCACAGUAGGUAUGGUGUUCUUUGGAUGCAACUCAGCAUUCUUUGUCCUCCAAACACGACGAGUUGAGAUUUUACCAAAAAGUUAUAUUUUGGUUUCAUCUGACCAUAUGACAUUCUCCCAAUCCUCUCCUUGAUCAUCCAAAUGCACUCUAGCAAACUUCAGACGGGCCUGGACAUGUACUGGCUUAAGCAGGGGGACAUGUCUGGCACUGCAGGAUUUGAGUCCCUGGCGGCGUAGUGUGUUACUGAUGGUAGGCUUUGUUACUUUGGUCCCAGCUCUCUGCAGGUCAUUCACUAGGUCCCCCCGUGUGGUUCUGGGAUUUUUGCUCACCGUUCUUGUGAUCAUUUUGACCCCACGGGGUGAGAUCUUGCGUGGAGCCCCAGAUCGAGGGAGAUUAUCAGUGGUCUUGUCUGUCUUCCAUUUCCUAAUAAUUGCUCCCACAGUUGAUUUCUUCAAACCAAGCUGCUUACCUAUUGCAGAUUCAGUCUUCCCAGCCUGGUGCAGGUCUACAAUUUUGUUUCUGGUGUCCUUUGACAGCUCUUUGAUCUUGGCUAUAGUGGAGUUUGGAGUGUGACUGUUUGAGGUUGUGGACAGGUGUCUUUUAUACUGAUAACAAGUUCAAACAGGUGCCAUUAAUACAGGUAACGAGUGGAGGACAGAGGAGCCUCUUAAAGAAGAAGUUACAGGUCUGUGAGAGCCAGAAAUCUUGCUUGUUUGUAGGUGACCAAAUACUUAUUUUCCACCAUAAUUUGCAAAUAAAUUCAUUAAAAAUCCUACAAUGUGAUUUUCUGGAUUUUCUUUUCUCAUUUUGUCUAUCAUAGUUGACGUGUACCUAUGAUGAAAAUUACAGGCCUCUCUCAUCUUUUUAAGUGGGAGAACUUGCACAAUUGGUGGCUGACUAAAUACUUUUUUUCCCCACUGUAUAGGGAAUAGAAUGCUGUUAUAGAAUGUUGUAACACUCUCAUAACUCUAGCCAUGGGAAUACUGGAGUAACGGCACAAUCUUAAUGAUUUGAUAUUUCAAGUGAUUUUAUUUUUAGUUGUUGGUCUCUCCACUAGCUGCAGCUCGUCUGAAUCAAGGGCUUUGCUGGGGUAGAUUUCCCAUGAUUCCUGUGGUCAAUCCGAGAUAUGGCCGCUGCGCACACACAAACACACACACACACACACACACACACACACACACACACACACACACACUGGCUCUAUAGCACUGAGUGUAUUAAUAUUGACUGCCAAUGUACCUGUGUGUACCUGUUGGCCAGGGUGAUUGAAAAGGCAGAGAAAGCUAUUUAACCUCCACUAAAUGUAUUUUAAUGGGCUAAUUAGAUUGCCUUUAAAAAACACAUGAGAAAGCAAAGGCAUAAUAUUGGCGUAGGGCCCAUACCAAAUGGCAUCCUAUUACCUACAGAGUGCACUACUUUUGACCAGAGCCCUAUGGGCCCUGGUCAAAAGUAGUGCACUAUAUUGGGAAUGGGUUGCUAUUUGGGACACAGUCUUGGUGUAUUACAGAGAGGCUGGGACCCAGAAUGUAAUAUUGACUUGGCCUCUGUUCCAGAAGAGUGAAACACGCUGUCAAAGGCCAACAUUUGGGUUGUAAAGUAAUGUAUUUCUUGUUUUAUCCAUUGAUCAGCUAAUUACUGUAAUAUCAAUAGCAGGCCUUACUAAACUCCUGGAAGGCUGUGGUGUUUUUUUACCAUGACAACAUGGUGGGACACAUUAAAUUGUCUCAUUUGGCCUGGGGGCCGUGUGUUUGACCAGCCUGCUCUAGGAGCUGCCUGUCUGCGAAGUCUUAAACAUCAGUUAUAUACUGAACAUCAUAUACUCUAUCUACUUUAUGUAACUUCUUGUCUUCCUGUUUCUCCCUUAGCCAAUCGGAGCGUUGAACCCGAAGCGUGCAGUGUUCUAUGCAGAGCGCUACGAGACGUGGGAAGAGGACCAGACCCCCCCAUAUCACUACAACACCCACUACUCCACCGCUAACUCCACCCUGCUCUGGCUGCUCAGGAUAGUACGUACUCUAUACCCCAUCCACCCAAUACCCUAUUCCCUGUACCCUAUACCCAGAAAAGGGGUGGUUGAUAAAAAAGAUAUAGGUCCAGGGGCUUCAGGAGUGGCGCAGCGGUCUAAGUCACUGCAUCGCAGUGCUAAAGGCGUCAGUACAGACCAGGGGUUCGAUCCGGGGCUGUAUCACAACCGGCCGUGAUCGGGAGUCCCAUAGGGCGGCGCACAAUUGGCCCAGCGUCGUCCGGGUUAGGGGAGAGUUUGGCCGGGGAGGCUUUACUUGGCUCAUCAUGCUCUAGCGACUCCUUGUGGUGGGCUGGGCGCCUGCAGGCUGACUUUGAUCGUCAGUUGAACAGUGUUUCUUCCGAGACAUUGGUGCGGCUGGCAUCCGGGUUAAGUGUGCGGGUGUUAAGAAGCGCGGUUUGGCGGGUCAUGUUUCGGAGGACGAAUGACUCAACCUUCACCUCCCGAGCCCGUUGGGCAGUUGCAGCGAUGAGACAAGAUAGGAAUUGGAGAGAAAAAGGGGGUAAAAUACAACAAGAAAAAAAUUAAUAUAUAUAGGUCCAUUAUCAUUUCUACAUACUUUCAAUCUGAUUUUAGACGUUCGAGUGUAGACGUAAGUCGUUUUUUAUCCUAAAUAAUAUUUUCAAAAUGGCAGCUAGUAAGUUAGUUAGAUAGUAAGUCACACAAUCUAUACUGUUGAAAGGACAUUGAUACCACCUAGUGUUUAGUAAAUACCAGUGGAAUCCAAAUGGUGGCCAUAUUUGAUAUGUUAGGUAGCUCGUUAAUUGGAGAAAGCUUGAUGGGGAGUUAGUAGCAUCCCCCCCGUUCUCCCUUUGCCAGCCACUCUCCUCCUCCUCUCCUCCUCCUCUCCCCCUCCUCUCCCCCUCGUUAGCAGAGGGGCUGGUGAAUUAGAAUAGUUCCUCUGACAGCACUUACACCACUCCUCACUACCUACACUCCUCCUCUCCUCCAUCUCUCCUCCUCUCCUCUCUACAUCCCUCCAUCAGAAAACUGUCUCCAUCUCAGACUGUAAACACCACAUGCAGUAUCAGCCAAUUAGCACCGUCGCUCCCGGCGACCAGGAAGCACAGUAA